AGUCACAGAGUUACUCUGACGUCCACUCAACAGUCACACAGUCACUUUGAUGACCACUAAACAGUCACAGAGUCACUCUGAUGACCACUCAACAGUCAGAGUUACUCUGACGAUCCUUCAACAGUCAGAGAUAUUCUGAUUACCAGCCAACAGUCACAGAGUCACUUUGAUGACCACUUAACAGUCAAAGAGUCACUCUGACGUCCACUCAACAGUCACAGAGUUACUCUGAUGACCACUCAACAGUCACAGAGUUACAGAGUUUAAGAUAGUUGAUAGUGCAAAUGGGCAUAUGAGGCGAGCUGUAUAACCACAGAGAGCCUUCUUACCGUACCUGAGUUACAGUGAAUUGACUGAAUACUUACAGCAUUUAAGUAGAGUAAAUGGAUUAGAUAUGUUAUUAUCUUACAGAAAGUAUAUUUAAGGUGAGGCUUUUACCACACUGAAAUUUCUUACAGGAUUCUCAGAGGGUGAGAUUUUUACAGCCAAGCCAACGUUGUUACAUACAUUGCAUACGAUUACUUCACUCCUACUAGUGUAGGACCACACACUUCAGGGAAAGCUGACAACUUCUUGUCUGUGUUUCCUAUGUUCUAUGUUUUUUACCUGCCUGCAAAGCAAAUUUCCCCUAGGGGACAAUAAAGUUGAAGUUGAAGUUGAACUUCUUAGCCUUUAAGAAUAAAACAGUGUAACCGAUAUCUGUGUUACAGGGUCCUCUUCAGCACAAUGAACACACAUGUGUGACUUCAAUUUAAAGCAAAUGCCUCUCUAAUACACUCACACACAUAAUACAUAACUCAACUAAGUUUCCUUCUUAAUUGAAUUUGCCCAGUGCUAAACCUCUUCACUGCAUUUUGGUAAAUCCAAGUCCAAACUCAAAUCCUUCAGUAGGAAGGAAAACACCUGUGUCAGUUAGCACUGACACCUCUCCCCUGAGCUACUCCCACACAUCUCUCCUUGCAGCUGAGCUGAACCACACCAUACUACCAUAAACAGGAAGCAGCAUUUCCUCCUGCAGCAGCAAGGCUUGUACAUAAGACAGUGACUCCCCUCCUCAGAAGUAAAGUGGUGAGUACCUGAGAGGAGUCGCUUCAGCACCAAAAACAUGAGAGUCUUCGUAGCAUUAGCGUGCUUGCUGGUAAACUGCCUGGCCCAGAAGCCUCAGCCGUGUGACUGUCCGCCUAAGAUGACCGGGGAGGCCAUGGUGAACUUUACAUAUAAUGACAACUGGGUCAAAAUGAGAUACGUGUACGAUGCAGUGGGACAGCGGAUGAGGAUCUUUAAGAAUGCAACUCUGGAAGAUGAGAUUAUCAAUACCGAUUCUCUUCUUCUCUUCAAAGAGGAAGUCGUGUAUAACAUCAACGACCAGAACCGUACCUGCACCAAACUCCCUUUAAAGGGAGACUUCAACACUCUGGGCGUCCCAAAAGACGCCUCUCUGCUGAGCCAGGUCGUCCUCGGCAGCUCGUCUGGACCUGGUGAAGGACUUAUGGUCAACACGUGGUUGGGAAAUCUGCGUGAUGGAGGAGGAGAUUUUAUAAGCGCAGUGACUGCGGUUGGAUGCAUUCCUGUCAGCCUAAUCUACAAGCUCAAAGCUGAUGAACAAGUCCUUGGAUGGAUGGUGCAGAGCUUCUUCAACAAUGUCAUCGGGAUUCCAGACCCUAGUCUGCUCAGUCCCCCGUCCUUCUGCAAGGAUGCAAAAAUGAUGAACACCAAGGAGCAGGUGGACUUCUUCAGUCUGUUCCUCCACAAGAAGUAAGAGCCUCCAUCAGCCAACAUGUCCAACCAUCAAGAAGAUUUUUGAUAAAUCAAAUUUAGACACUGAAUUGUAUUUUUGCUGUCUGUAAUUUAAAUCAUUUAUGAUGAAAAUAUGCAACUCCAAGCUUUCUUUAUUUGAGUAUAAUACAUUGAAAAAAAAUA